UCUGCCCAAAGCAGCAGAAACCUUUGGGGCCUAUCCCAAAACAGUAUCAGUUGUUAAAUCCAUUUGAGAAACUAACAAUGCAUCGACUACAGUCAUAAAUUGGAAGAGACUGAUGGCUCAUGAAUGCCAGUGCAUAUCUCCAGAUGACUAGGAUUGUUACUACCACCCUGGAGUAGGAUUGUAGUCUUGUAGGUAUUGUUUCAACAAGUUACCUUUUAACUUACCAAUGUUUCACUCCUGGGCCGGGAGAUUAAAAGUUCCUUGCCAAAGAAAUACCACCCAUAAGGCCUCCUCCAGGUAUCCCCUAUGUAAUGUAGUUUAAUUCAUGUGUAUGUGUCUUCAUUUGUUCAGAUUUUGAGCCAGCUCAAUCAUCAGUGAAAUUUUCAGACAUUGGAGGUUGUGACAAUACUGUGGAACAAGUAUGUAAACUGCUGGUUCACAUGAGGCACCCAGAAGUGUUCCGCACCCUUGGGGUGACCCCACCCAGAGGGUUCCUCCUUCAUGGUCCUCCUGGCUGUGGCAAGACCUUGUUAGCUCAUGCUGUUGCUGGGGAGUUGGAAAUGCCGUUCAUAAAACUUGCAGCCACGGAGAUUGUUUCAGGAGUGUCUGGAGAAUCAGAACAGAAAGUCAGAGAGCUGUUUUCACGAGCUGUGGCCAAUUCUCCAUGUGUGUUAUUCCUUGAUGAAAUAGAUUCCAUCACACCAAAGAGAGAAACAGCUUCCAAAGACAUGGAAAGAAGAAUUGUCUCACAGCUUCUUACUUGCAUGGAUGACUUGAACAGCAAUCCAGAUGCUCAUGUGUUGGUUAUAGGGGCAACUAACAGACCUGACUCACUGGACCCUGCUCUGCGACGUGCUGGUCGGUUUGACAGGGAAAUCUCAAUGGGUAUACCCGAUGAAAAAGCCAGAGAAAGGAUUUUGAGAGUUCUGAGUCAGAAGUUAAGACUUGAAGAAGACUUCAGUUUUGCCUUAUUGGCUCGACUCACCCCUGGGUUUGUUGGUGCAGAUCUCAUGUCACUGACAAGAGAAGCAGCUUUGAUUGCAGUGAACAGGUACAAUACUUCAACAAUACUUCCAUUAGACUAUUUGCACGCAAACUGGAUUGUUUACAUCUUAUUUAACACUACAGUUACUGAAUGGCUGAGAGAGCAAUCACCACUAACAGAAGAUGAACUACAAAAACUCUGUAUUAGCAUGGAUGAUUUCAAGGCAGCGUUACUGAUAGUUCAACCGUCAGCCAAAAGAGAAGGGUUUGCUACCAUCCCUGAUGUAACAUGGGAAGAUGUCGGAGCACUCAAGAAUGUCAGGGAAGAGCUUACCAUGGCUAUAUUGGUAAAUAUUCUUGUAGGAAAAUACAGCGGGUCACAAAGAUGUGGUAUUACCAGGGUGGCCGUAUUAAAGGUGUCCUUGACGCAGUUUGGUUCUACAUUUCAGUAUGUUGGCGAGAGUGAGCGGGCCGUCAGACAAGUGUUCCAAAGAGCCAGGAAUUCCGCCCCAUGUGUGAUCUUUUUUGAUGAACUGGAUGCACUGUGUCCGAGGAGAUCUGACAGCGCCGAGUCGGGUGUAAGCGUACGAGUCGUGAAUCAGUUGCUAACUGAGAUGGACGGACUGGAGGCAAGAAAACAAGUGUUCAUCAUGGGAGCCACCAACAGACCAGAUAUCAUCGACCCUGCUGUUCUAAGACCUGGUCGACUUGAUAAAGUGCUGUUUGUUGGUCUACCGAACACAGAAGACAGGGGAGACAUUUUAAGAACGCUAACCAAGGACGGGAAAAAACCGGUCCUACUGCCUGAUGUUAGUAUCGCAGAUCUUGCGCGUGACGAAAGAUGCGAAGGUUUAUCGGGAGCUGAUCUCGCAGCAUUGGUUCGUGAAGCUUGUAUGGCGGCUUUACGAGAAUGUAUAAAUGCGCGCGCCACUUGCCAUGUGUCCAUUGAGAACCAGGCUUCUCUUGAACAAAGCCCUCUGGGAGUGGGACAAAGGCAUUUUUCUGCAGCUUUUCAGAAAGUAAAGCCUUCAGUAAGCAAAAAGGUAGACGGGAAAAAACCGGUCCUACUGCCUGAUGUUAGUAUCGCAGAUCUUGCGCGUGACGAAAGAUGCGAAGGUUUAUCGGGAGCUGAUCUCGCAGCAUUGGUUCGUGAAGCUUGUAUGGCGGCUUUACGAGAAUGUAUAAAUGCGCGCGCCACUUGCCAUGUGUCCAUUGAGAACCAGGCUUCUCUUGAACAAAGCCCUCUGGGAGUGGGACAAAGGCAUUUUUCUGCAGCUUUUCAGAAAGUAAAGCCUUCAGUAAGCAAAAAGGAUCAAGCUUUGUAUGGGAAAAUGAGGACUUUGACGCCGACGUGACGAAUGGUUUAGAAGCCGUGACGUUCAAGGAAGAUCAGGGC